UAUGUAACGUGUAAUUAUGUAUUUAAAGAAUGUUCUGGGAUUGUCAAAUAUGCAACUCAUGAUAUAUGCGGAAAUAGUUCAUAAUGUAUAAUAUUACGAUCAGAUGCCGAUUGUGUAUGUACAUCUGCUUACAAAAAGCUAUGUGUGUAUGUUCCUGAGCGGUGGCUAUUCGACCAAAGCUUGCGUCUUGUGACUCCUCAGUUUUCCAGCGUGUGAAAAAAAUCCUCGUAAGAUAGCGGAAUCUUAUUGUGACCGGAAUUUGAUUGUUCAUCAAAUAACAUAGGUUACCAAAAACUCGAAUCGGUGCCUUUACUUAACGACGUCAAUCAUGGCAGAGCCUUAUAAUGCAGAAAUCAUGCGAGUUUUUGGAUUCUGGACUGGAAUUUUAACACUUAAGCUGUUGUCCAUGUCUCUUCUUACAGCCAGAACAAGGUUUCGCAAGAAGGUUUUUGCCAAUCAUGAUGAUACACUUAUUCUACAAAAAGCACGUGUAGCAUAUGAUGAUGAAGAUGUUGAACGUGUCCGUAGAUCACAUCUCAAUGAUUUAGAAAAUGUCCUUCCCUGGAUAGUUGUUACAUAUGUCUAUCUUGGAACUGGACCAUCCAACUUAAUUGCAGGCUCAAUAAUUAGAACCUUUGUUCUUGCAAGAGUGGGUCAUACACUAUCUUAUGCUGUCUUCCCAAAACAACCUUAUAGAGCUAUAACUUUUUUUAUUGGAUUUAGUCUUACUGCCUAUGAAGCAUUAACAACAAUUAUCUACUACUUGUAAUCAGAAUUUAGAAACGUUUAAAUACUUUAUGACAAAAUAGAAGUUUUGAGUAUUGUGGGAAAAAUUUUUUAUAUUUUU